GCCACUAGAAGUACGUUAGGUACGAAACUACACAAGACCCAAUAUUUUUAUAUGUUUUCUAAGGUUAAUCUAGAUGUUUUUAUUCAGAAAAAAGUGGCAGCCCUCUAUAUGGAUCUUAUUCAUCCCUAUGUGCAGCUGCAGAAGUUCGUCUUUGUUUCGAUCAAGCAGAAGUACCUGUGGUAGAACUAGGAUAUACGAUAAAUACUAUUAAUUUUAGUCUUGUGACUGUUGUGAGUAUGGCAGCCAUUCCCCCGAUGUAUGCGCCACCGGUUGCCCAGCAGCCAAUAGGUCAGAAUCUACCAACUCAACAAGGAGUAAUUGAUCCAGAAAAGGAGCGCAGUAAAUAUAAGGACAUCUUAUAUCGGCUUGGCAUGACAGAACUUCUAUUUGGAGUCUUAUUUAUCGCUUCAUGCAUUGCUAGUUUGGGUUUUGCAAUCGGAGUGACCAACCAGGGUUAUGCAAGCUACAGUUAUUAUUCUACUUUUGGCAUUGUGUAUGCGUCUCCAGGAAUAUGGUGUGGAAUCUUUCCAAUUAUCAGUGGAAUACUUGGAAUUUGUGCAAGAAAAAACACAUCUACUUGUAUGUAUGGAUCAAACAUGAUCAUGGCUAUAUUCACGGCAAUAUUUAUGGGAAUACUUUUCAGCAUUUCUCUGCCUUCUGCUAUAAUAGUCACUCACCCAGCUAUUAUAACAUUCCAGAUUCUCAACACCCUUGGUAGCUUUGCGAUUUUAAUUGUCUCGAUUGUGCAUUCUGCUUACUGCUGUGCAGGAGUAUGUUGUGUGCCUCCUACAAAUUCCACAAGAGCAUAUUAUACAGCACAACCAGUGGGACAACAAUAUGUCCAACUUGCUAAUGGUCAAUAUAUGCUCGUUCCGAAUCAACAAAUUCCAGGACAAGCUUAUUCUGUUGUCGGACAACCUACAGCAAUGCCUAUGCCCAUGCCGCCUCAACAAAGUGGAUUCACGCAGCCUGGUGUCUCUGUGCCACAAUAUUCUUCACCUGCUGUACAGCAACCUUAUGCAGAACCAACGAAACAAGCUUUACAACCAGGUGCUAACCCACCAUCAUAUUAUAGCUCUGUAGAUUAUGCUGCCGAUCCGAGCUAUCCUCAGUGAAAGAAAGGAUUAUGCAGGCUUGGAUAGAUAUUGUACUCGCUUUUACACACUAUCAUAACAUAUAUUCAUAUUAUUGCACAAAAGUAAUUUGAAAACGUCCGAGUCUGAGAUAACUUUUUCACACAUCUUACUGGUUAUCAAGUCCUGUUAUUCACUGUCAAUUAGAUGUGAUCUGUAGACUAUUCAGUCAUGCAAAAGUCUAGUUUAGUGUUUCAAAUUGUAUUUUGUCGGUCGAUAAUUGUCGACUGUAUCAGUCUUGUAUGCUUAGAUUAACAUCAAAACAUGAAACCCCGCUGCCUCCCAGCUGACUGAGAAUGCAGUAAAAAUAUAUAUUUGGCUUAUCCAAGUAUGGUAAGGUAAUUGAAAUUUCUGUGUAGCACACAACAGAUUUUAGUAUGGAAUACACAAUUGAAAUUGAAAUAUGAAAAAAUGAAAAGUUUAUAGUAUGCAGAACAGUAUCUAACAAGUAACAACCAUAACUCAAAACUUGCAACAAAUAUAUAUGCUAUUUAAAGAUGAUAUCCAGUAUUCACAUUUUUUUUUUCGAGUUUCUAAUUGAGAAAAUUGUUAAAAGAAAGUAAAAUAGAAUUUAUAAAUUAUGAUUUUCAAUGUCAAUAAUGUUCAAAUGUUCACAAUGUUGAAUAACUAAUACACAUCUAUUAAUAUAAAGAUAACCUUAUAUCAUAGUUUGAUUUGAUUUUAAAUUUAUUUCCUAAAAGACCUUUUUUUAAUGGAUGUAGACGUAGUAGCAGGAAUGAAAUCUCUUGUUUACAAACAAUUAAUUAGGGUUUUGAAUAUUUUUUGUUGAAGGUUAUUGAUAUUAGUGUUGUAUCCGCCUUGUAUAGUUAAAAGAAAGUUAUUAAAUUUUAUGUCUGUUGUGUUCAAUCAUUUCAAUUCUGUAAUUUGUACAUAUUACUUUAUGGAUGACCUCUCGUUUUUAUGAUUUAUUCUGAUAUUUCUCAUAGUGCAUUUAUCUAUCCACUGCUACUUAAAAGGCUGCCAGUUUUAAAGUCAUGUCCCAUAUAUAGAAUAAAUAUGGAAUGGUACUUUGAAUAAUUUGUAAUCUUUUUGACAAUGUUUCUGAUUUGCACACUUAACACUAGCGUUUGGAGACUCUGAUCAUUCACUCAACUUGAGUUGGAAUUUAAGACUCGAAU